UCAUACUUCAUAUCUCCUCCAUUGAUUCUGAACGAAAGCAUCGGAACUUCGGAAGCGCGAACUGCCAAAUAUAAACAGUGUUCUUAGUUUUAUACGCGGUUCAAACAAAAACAGCUGUAUAAAUUAAAACAUGAGUGUUAAACCUGAUAUGAAAGUCAUCAUUUCGAACAUUACCAAUGGAAGGCGGUUUAGUCACUGCAGGUUAUGUCUCAAGAACAUUGAUGAGGACUACGUACGGUUUGGAGACGGUGUUGCCCCGGAUUUGGAGGAAAAACAGCAGCAAUUACAGCCUCUAUCGGAAUUACUAGCUAAAUUCCUUGGGCCCGAGGUAACAGAAGAAAUACCAGGAUUGGAUGCUGUAUGUACAGAAUGUGUUGUUGAUGCUUUAAGAGGCUUAAGACUCAUACAAACGUAUCAUAAAUCUUCCAAACUAUUAGAAAAUGCCCUAGAUAAUCUAUUACAUACACUGAAUGUUGAUCUUGAAGUGCAUGAUGGUCAGUCACUAUACAUUGUUGUAGAUGACAACCAUUCCGAGUUAAUAAUAAUGGACAAAAGUGAAGAAAAAAAUAUAUAUGAAGAAAAAAUAAUAUGUGACGAAUGUUCCCAGGAAUUUAUCACCAAAGAAGAGUACCAAAAGCACUUCCAGGAGAAACAUUAUCAACUUCUGUGUGAGAAAUGCUGGCAAGUAUUUGAAACGAAACAAGAAUUAAUGAGCCACUUGUGUAAAAAACUAAAAUGUCCAGAUUGUAACCAAUAUAGGAUCACACCGGAAGCUCUCGCUGAACAUCAGAAUAAAAUGCACAGAAUCCACAUAUGCAAAGAGUGUGGGAAAUCUUGCCAAGGCUCCGUCAAACUAAAAACUCAUGAAAGCAAACAUUUCAAUAAAAGCCAAUGUCCGAAAUGUGGUAAAAGUUACACUACUAGAGAUUUUUAUUUAAAACAUGUGAAUUUGUGUGAAAAGGGGCUUUUAGAUCCUCAUCCGUUUCGCACCAAACUUAUCAGACCAUAUUCAUGCAAAGAAUGUGGUAAAAGUUACAGUACGUCCGGAGGCCUACGAGUACAUUAUAAAUUUGAGCAUGGCGGUGCAAAACCUCAUGUAUGUCCAGAAUGUAAUAAGAAAUUUACCGCUCCAAGUUACCUUAAAGUUCACAUGGUAACACAUACUAAAGAGAAGAACUUUUUAUGUAACAUAUGUCCUAAUCGUUUUGUAUCAAAAGAGGCGUUAUUAUAUCAUACUAGAAGGCAUACUGGGGAGCGACCGUACAAAUGUGAACACUGUUUUGAGACAUUUGUAAAUGCAUCUGCCAGAGCGGAGCAUAUAAAAUAUAAGCAUGUCGGGCCUACACUGAUGUGCGAGAUUUGUUCACGUAAAUUCGUUACCCCACAUUUCUUGAAGAUGCAUAUAAAGAGACAUCACGAAAAGGCCAUGGAUUGGACUGCACAAAACAGAAGCGAAUUAUCAUAAUAAUACUGUUCUUGUUUUUGGCAUUGCAUGCCUAAGGUCUUUAUGCCUCUUAAACAAUGUUUUAUCAGAAUUCAUAUUAUAAUUUCCGGAAAGUAGAUCAUUAGUGCACUUGAGCGUAAGAACUCUUGAGGCAUAGCAAGCCACAUUUCAUAUUAGGUCAAACUUAUAGUGUUUUUAAGCAAGGUGGAUCCAACUUUGUACUCAAAGGGUCACAUGGUCGAUUGACCAUGUCGAUUGACUGUGUGGCAAGCCUAGACCUCCCUGGAUCCACGCUGUUUAACUGCCAUCAGCAGAAAAGAAUGAUUACUACAUUGAUGUAGAUUUCUCACGUUAAGCAAUAAUGACAAUAUUGCAUUGAAGUAAAAUAAUUAGGUAAGGUAGGCUAUUAUUUGAUUUAUUUUUAUAAAUAAAAUAUUUUUUACAUUUGACGUUUGUUUUAAAUACUUUUAUUCAUCCUACUUAGCUGACGGAGGACUGAUUUUCACCUCUUCCUAAAGGCUGGCGUCCACUUACGCGAAUCGAGUCCAAUGGACGCAGUUUCAUAGUAAAUGCAGAUGGCGAAUAAUUAAGACGACUCUGCGAGCCUAGUGAACGCCAGCCUUAAAAUUGUAUUCCCAUAUAUCUCAGAAACAUUCAUUGCACCAAUAGGAGGCAAACAUCCCCUGAUGGUAAUGGCACUGGUAAGUGAACACCGCUGGCCAUGGACACCCAAUGGGUUGCAGCUGGACAGGUGCUUUGGUACAGUCGUAAACAAGUUUGUUAUGAGAGAGCUCAUUACGCAACUAGGUCAAA